CCCCGACCGUGCAGCUGGGCCACCGCGCGCUGCCGGGCACAGGUCGGGAUGCGCCGCCGCCUCUGGCUGGGCCUGGCCUGGCUGCUGCUGGCGCGGGCACCGGGUGCCCCGGGCGGGUACCCGCAUCUGGAGGGCGACGUGCGCUGGCGCCGCCUCUUCUCCUCCACCCACUUCUUCCUGCGAGUGGACCCCGGUGGCCGGGUGCAGGGGACGCGCUGGCGGCACGGCCAGGACAGUAUUGUUGAGAUCCGCUCUGUCCGUGUGGGCACUGUGGUGAUCAAGGCUGUGUACUCAGGCUUCUACGUGGCCAUGAAUCGCAGGGGACGCCUCUACGGGACGGUUCCGGGAACGCAUCGAGGAGAACGGUUACAACACAUACGCCUCACGACAAUGGCGACACCGCGGACGACCUAUGUUCCUGGCGCUGGAUGGCCAGGGCGUUCCCCGGCAAGGCGGGCGGACACGGCGUCACCAGCUGUCCACACACUUCCUGCCAGUGCUGGUCUCAUCUUGAAGGGCUUGCUGAUGGUUGAGGAGGCAUGGGCAGCGGAGGAGGCCUGGAAGAUCUGGAGUGCGGCGGCAAGGGGCCCAGGCCAGAGAUCCUUAGGUCACAAGCUGGGUGUCUGCUGGCUGCCAGGCAUGGAAGUAUGGCAGGGUCCCUCAGGCGAGGCCACUCUCAGGGGGAGACACAAAACUGGCAGUUUCCAUCCAUCUGGUUUGGAGGUGAGGACAUGGCCAGGCUCGGCUUGACAUGUGCUCUGGGCACAGCACGGAGAGGUUUGGAGAUGGGGACGCACCAGGUGGAGGAGGAAAAUAAAGACAGGAUCAGGGAGGGCGGACACGUUGUGGAGGGCAUGGCCCAGGUUGGCGGUAACAGCGACACAGACCUGUGCCAUGUGGUCAGAGUAGGGAGGGGCUGGAGCUGAGAACACCUGCUCUUCCAGGGGGGCUGAGCUUAGUUCUCCCACAAGGUCAUUCACAAUCACGUCUACGUCCCACUCCAGAGGAUCCAACUUCCUUUUCUGGCCUCUACAAGCACCUGUACUCAAGUGCACAUAACUUGCUCCCCAUACACAUAAAAAGAUACACACACACACUUUUUUUUUUUUUUCUU